UCACACCGGGUUAUAAUUUACUUUUCUAUGGCUGUUAAGUUCAAACUCGUGCAUGUUCAUGUUCGUGGUUGAUUUUUGCUAGCCCUUAGCUGGCUUCCCACGUUUUCGAUGUAAGCAAUUAAGCUGCAGCUCCAACCGGACGAAUGGCGUUACGUUAGCCGCCGUUAACUUCCUAUUAUUAUAGCAUUGACACGAUUUAGGAAGAAGCUGCAGCUUUGACACAGUGAGUCACUGAUCUCUCCAAGACAGCAGGUGAAGCAGGUGUUAACUGAGACUGGGGCCAGGAGACAGGAGGGGGACUGAUUUACCUGUGAGGACAAGGAUCAGCGAGAAAGAAAGAGGCAGAUUGAAAAAGGGCUGCAGAUGGCUGGCUUUCUGGAUAACUUCCGAUGGCCAGAGUGCGAAUGCAUCGACUGGGGAGAGAGGAGGAAUGCAGUGGCCUCUAUUGUGGCUGGAGUUCUGUUCUUCACAGGAUGGUGGAUUAUGAUUGAUGCAGCAGUAACGUAUCCAUCCCAGCAGAUGAACCAUGCCUUCCACACAUGUGGGGUCUUCUCCACCAUAGCAUUUUUUAUGAUCAAUGCAGUUUCUAAUGGCCAAGUGAGAGGGGACACAUAUGGAGAGGGCUGCCUCGGCAGGACAGGAGCCCGUCUCUGGCUGUUUAUUGGCUUUAUGAUGAUGUUUGGCUCACUCAUCGCCUCCAUCUGGAUCCUGUUUGGUGGUUACGUGGUGCCAAAAAAGGAAGUGGCACCAGGGCUGGCUAUAUUCUUUCAGAAUGCCUUCAUUUUUUUUAGAUGCAGGAGUGAAGACCUGUCUCUUCACCUGCAAAAAAUGCACCUAGAUACAAAAACUAGCUCCCUUCAUUUUCCUGUUUGGAAAAAGAACAGUAAAUGGAGACUGUGUAAAUUCAUUAGGAAAAAUGGUGAGAUGCAAAGUGAAGCCAGCAAAAAAGGACUAUCUCAACUGUAAAGUAAGCUAAAAUUAGACACAGUAUAUUUGUAUAUUACUGUUGAUAUUUUGCACUCCUCAUUCCAGUUCGGUGUUUGGAGUUUUAUUUGUCCUAUACCUGUUCAGAUUACUGGCCAAAUGUACAUGGUGCAGUGUCACACAUGGAGUUUUACAGAAUAGGUUUCAGCACUGGGAACAUUAACAGUAAGCAUCUGGUUUUGAUAUCAGGUUCUAGAAGCCAAUUAUUGCUCAUUGUCCAUGUCCAAACAAAUCCAGGCACAGACACCAAUAUCUAAACUCAAAGUGGCAGGAAAUACCUUACAGUUACAUGUAACUUCCAGUAAAAGGUGCAGCUCAAGUAAUUUUAACUGGAAAAUGUCUUUCUUGUUGGCUCUCAUUAAGUGAGGGCACUUAAAACCUAAGUAAAUUCAACAUGUUCAGGCAUGCUCUAUGGGACUGAUGAACUGAAGCAGAAACAGAUGAGGUGGACACAAUGUGGUUACGAAUGCAUAUCACAAAUGCAAAAACUGUGAAAUACUGUUCAACAUACAUGCUUUAUUUUGGCAUGUGUCUUAACGCAGGGCACAAAAUAUUAGUAAUACCUGCUGUUGUAAUUCAAACAACUGAUUUGUUUGAGUUGUUGUACUUCUUGAUUUCCAAGUAUCUGCCUGUACAAGACUAAUUAUAAAGUGAUUUUUAAUGACUGCUUGUUGAUAUUGUUACUUAGGGAAUUAAAUGCUUGAAAUACCUGCGUAACAACAUGAUGUCACACUGUCAAGUAUUUCACAACAGGAAUAACACUUACUUACAGUAAUGUGAGCUGUGAAACUUUCCACUGCAGUGUUUUGCAAGAGUUUCAAAGGAAGACGAGAUGUCUGAGAUGUUUAGUAAAUGGGUUCUCAGACAAAAAACACCCGUGUCUAAAAAAACAAAAACAAAGAAGGGGUUUUUGUUGGUGGUUGCAGGUAGCUUCAGGUACAGAUGAAAAAAUAAAACACAAUUCAGUUUGAGUAACGGAUUAAUUUGUUUGAAGGCUUGUGGUUUAUCAUACAUUCACAUAUGUAAUCUAUUAGGCUAAGUGCCUCGUAUUUGAUCAGCCAAUGUUUUCAUGUUUUUAUAAUUAAAUUGUUCAUCUAGCACAAUAAAUUCCAGGAUAUUCUCUG